AUGCGUAACACUGAAAACAAAACAAACAAUCAUGGUAAAAAACAAUCAAAUUUGAAAACGAUUAUCCAAGUACGUAAGCAUAUAGGAACCAAUUAAUAUUAAUGUGUUUCAGGAGGAAAUUACCACUCACGUUCCGUAGUCAAAGUAGAGUGUGGUCAUAAUAUGGGAACAGCAGUCUGUGUUUCCACUGGCACAACCGGCGAUUUAUUCCUCACUUGUGCUCAUGUCGUACAAUAUGUGUGUAAAAAUAAUAUUGUUGUUUAGUCAAAAAUAAUUUCAUUUGUCUUAAUUUGGCAGAAAAUUCAAUUGGUAAUACUGCGCUAUGACGGAUAUGUGAUUAGAGGUAAAGUGAUAUAUGUCACACAUAAAGACGACCCCAAUGAUAUUGCUAUAAUUAUCAGCGGACAUAAUGUGGCCAACAUUAUCCCUUGUAAAAUUUCAAAUAAUAUUCCAUCAGCUGGUUGGUAUAGCAUAAUAUAGAAUUUCCUGGAUUGUUAAUAACAAUAUUAGUCGUAUACUAUAGUAUUUUACAGGACAAAAAGUGUUUGCAGUUGGAUAUGCUUGUGAAGAAAAUGUACCCGCUAUUGUUUUUGGAAACGUUCAAAAGUCAACAUUGAAUACAAUAACAACUAGUUGUAAUGUUCGUACAGGUUUUAGCGGAGGUCCAGUCUUCACAAGUGAUGGACAAAUGUUAGGUCUUACCAUUGGAAAGUUGAGUUUGGGCAUUGUACACUUUGUUUUACCAUCUACAAAAUUUAUCAGUACUAUAAAAAAACAUAUCCUCACUAACGGUAUGUUAUAUUAUUAUUGAAUAUAUAACCAAAUAUAAUAUACCUAUUAUACAGGAUGAUCAACAUAAUGUAAGACACUUAUUAUCUAGGAAAUCAUAAAUUGUAUAGACUUGGGUUUUUAAAAUAUUUAAGAAACAAGCAGUAAAUUUGACAUCAAUAUUUUAGGAUAUGAAGUUACUACCCACUUAAUUUUUGAAUAACAACCUAUAUUAAAAAUUAAUUCUAUAAAUAAUUGAAAUUUUAAUUUUAAAUAAAUGUUGAUUUAAACAUUAUUAAUUUCCAAUAACCCGUUGACAGUAUAUUCUGUUUGUAAGUAUAGGUAGAUUAAGACUUCUCCACUUUGUUCCUUUAUCCACAAAUUCCAAACUUAAAAGUCUCAUUAAUAAGGUUGAUAUAAAUUAAAAAUAUCAUCUCAAAAUUUAUUUAAACUAAAACUUCAUCUAUUUAUGGAAUUUUUAAUACAGGUUGCUAUUUCAAAAUCAAAAGUGGAUAGUGAUUUCACACUAAAUAUAAGAUUGACAAAAAAUAAAGAGAAUGUAAAAUUUUAGAACUGCUUGUUUUUUAAAUAUUUCUUACAUUUUCUAAAAAUCAAAUAAAUUUUGAAAACAUGCUUUUUAUACUUUUUGAGAAUAUGAAUGUUUUAUGUUGUGUUGAUCUAUUGUUACCUCUAAAUUUAUUGAUUAAAAUUGGAAAUAUUAUUAUUUUUUUUUUUUCUAGAUUUAAAAAACAUUAAUAAUUUAGACUUCAAGUCUCCGUUGAAGAAAAUGUUUUGGAACAAAGGGAUUUCUCAUAAAAAUUUGAUUUGUCACAUUUAG